AUGACGACUAAAGUCACUGAAGCAAUGAAACAAAAGUUUUUGGUAGAAUACAUUAAAUCAGGAAUUAUUCCAGAAGGUUUUUACAUUCAUACUAUGAAGGAUGGUAGAGUUCAGUUGAGAAAGAUUAAACUUCAUGAGGACAACAUUGCUGAACUUAAGAAGAAGUUAGAAGAGUUGGAGAAAGCAGACGACAGUGAGGAAUAA